UUAUCUGAUUUCAAAUUUCAUAUAGCUCUUGCAUCGCGAAAAUAGACCGUAUUUGUCCAGUUAUUCUUGUCAGGCCAACGAUGAAGGUUCUUUCUUUCGUUUUGGUAUUUUGGAACUUUUUUGGCCUCAUUGUCACGCAAAAUGACGUGCAACCAUUGGAUGAAAGACCUAUACUAGCCAUUGGACUCGUGGGCGUGGUUGGGGCUAUUGGAGCGGGCUUAGCCAUUGCCCAAUCUGCCAAUCAACGAGCAGAAAUUCAGGACUCGAUCAAUUCCUUGAACACGGAUGUGGCCACCCUGUCCACUUCUAUCACGUCUGCUUCAACCACUUUGACAGAGGAAACCUCGCAAGCCACAAUGAAUAAUGCCAAUCUAAAUUUGAUCUGCUCGGCCAUCGACACAAUUUCAGGCCUCACACCUCCUACCACAUUAGCUACAUCGAGGACGACUUUGGAACUGAUUAAGAGUACUUUGGCGAUCACAUGCACAUAAUCAUAUUACUCGAUGUUUUUUGAUGUUGUACUACAAUGUUACUUUUUUCGUUUGGACAAUAAAUAAGUCUCAAAAAGAGCGAAAUAUUUGGUGACGUGACCUUUUUGUCUUGUCGGAGACACAAUCUUGAUCAUUGAUCGAAGAAAACGAAUUGCCAAUUAUAGAGUGUGCCUUACUUAUAUUUAAGAAAUAACUCAAUGAACACAGCGCUAAAAUUAGGAUUGACGAGAUAAGGCAAUUCGUUGGUUACGGGCAGCCUUUCGACUUGAACUAGUUGAAGUAAUGAAAUAUUCCAAGCGUACGCUUGAAUAUUUGAAGUGAUAAAUGACA